AUGACUGAGUGGCAAGUUGGAAAUAAUAAUGCAAAGAUCCUCAAUAGCAAUCAGUGCUUCAUUGUACAUAGCAUCGCUGAAUGCUAUCCUUGUAAUUGCGGCAAAGGCUGGAACUGCACCUAUACAUAUUCAGGGGCAGUUAAGGAAUGUAUUUGCAGAAAUGGGUAUAAACAAGAAGGAAAUAAAUUGGAUAAAAAAUGUGUAGGACCAUGCACCGAAAAUCCUUGCGAAAACGGAGGCUCUUGUGUUGAUACUGCACCAGGAAAGUACAAGUGUGACUGUCGGGAAGGAUUCACAGGAAAAAAUUGCAAUGAUAGUACGAAAACUCCUUGUUCUUCUAAUCCGUGUAUGAAUGGCGCCGAGUGUAAAAAUGUAGACAAAUCUUACGAGUGCAAAUGUACUACAGGAUUCGCUGGAAAAAAUUGUGAUAAAGAUGACAUAUGUUAUAAGAAUCAAGGAAUCUGUAGAAAUGGUGGAACUUGCGACACAACAGUGAGCGGAGGAUACAAAUGUACUUGUCCUCCGGGUUUCUCAGACUCAAAAUGUCGGAAAGGAUGCGAAGAAAUAGAAGGUAGCAAGAUAUGUGCAGCAAAAGGAAAACACUGGACAUGCGUUAAUAAGGAACAAGAUAAAUCUAACUACAGUUGCAUCUGUGAACCUGGAUAUAAAUUAGAAAGUAGCAACUGCAUAGUUAAAACUGGAUGCGAGGACUACGGAGGGAAAGAGGCGUGUAAAAAGAAAGGAGAAUUCUUUACUUGCAAUAAUGACGAACUAAAUGCCUCCAAUUACACGUGCGACUGCCUCCCUGGGUACAAAAUGGAGAAAGAAAAAUGCAUUGUUAAAACUGGAUGCGAGGACAACGGAGGGAAAGAGGCGUGUCAAAAGAAAGGAGAAUUCUUUACUUGCAAUAAUGACAAACUAGAUGCCUCCAAAUACUCGUGCGACUGUCUCCCUGGGUACAAAAUGGAGAAAGAAAAAUGCAUUGAUAAAACUGGAUGUGAGGACUACGGAGGAAAAGAGGCGUGUCAAAAGAAAGGAGAAUUCUUUACUUGCAAUAAUGACAAACAAAAUGCCUCCAAAUACUCGUGCGACUGUCUCCCUGGGUACAAAAUGGAGAAAGAAAAAUGCAUUGCUAAAACUGGAUGCGAGGACAACGGAGGGAAAGAGGCGUGUCAAAAGAAGGGAGAAUUCUUUACUUGCAAUAAUGACAAACUGAAUGCCUCCAAAUACUCAUGCGACUGUCUCCCUGGGUACAAAAUUGAGAAAGAAAAAUGCAUUGCUAAAACUGGAUGCGAGGACUACGGAGGGAAAGAGGCAUGUCAAAAGAAAGGAAAAUUCUUUACUUGCAAUAAUGACAAACUAAAUGCCUCCAAAUACUCGUGCGACUGUCUCCCUGGGUACAAAAUGGAGAAAGAAAAAUGCAUUGUUAAAACUGGAUGCGAGGACUACGGAGGGAAAGAGGCGUGUCGAAAGAAAGGAGAAUUCUUUACUUGCAAUAAUGACAAACUAAAUGCCUCCAAAUACUCGUGCGACUGUCUCCCUGGGUACAAAAUGGAGAAAGAAAAAUGCAUUGCUAAAACUGGAUGCGAGGACUACGGAGGGAAAGAGGCGUGUCAAAAGAAAGGAAAAUUCUUUACUUGCAAUAAUGACAAACUAAAUGCCUCCAAAUACUCAUGCGACUGUCUCCCUGGGUACAAAAUGGAGAAAGAAAAAUGCAUUGUUAAAACUGGAUGCGAGGACUACGGAGGGAAAGAGGCGUGCCAAAAGAAAGGAGAAUUCUUUACUUGCAAUAAUGACAAACUAAAUGCCUCCAAAUACUCGUGCGACUGUCUCCCUGGGUACAAAAUGGAGAAAGGAAAAUGCAUUGUUAAAACGGGAUGUGAGGACUACGGAGGGAAAGAGGCAUGUCAAAAGAAAGGAGAAUUCUUUACUUGCAAUAAUAACAAACUAAAUGCCUCCGAAUACUCGUGCGACUGUCUCCCUGGGUACAAAAUGGAGAAAGAAAAAUGCAUUGUUAAAACUGGAUGCGAGGACAACGGAGGGAAAGAGACGUGUCAAAAGAAAGGAGAAUUCUUUACUUGCAAUAAUGACAAACUAAAUGCCUCCAAAUACUCGUGCGACUGUCUCCCUGGGUACAAAAUUGAGAAAGAAAAAUGCAUUGUUAAAACUGGAUGCGAGGACUACGGAGGGAAAGAGGCGUGUCAAAAGAAAGGAGAAUUAUUUACUUGCAAUAACGACAAACUAAAUGCCUCCAAAUACUCGUGCGACUGUUUCCCGGGGUACAAAAUGGAGAAAGAAAAAUGCAUUGUUAAAACUGGAUGCGAGGACUACGGAGGGAUAGAGGCGUGUCAAAAGAAAGGAGAAUUCUUUACUUGCAAUAAUAACAAACUAAAUGUCUCCAAAUACUCGUGCGACUGUCUCCCUGGAUACAAAAUUGAGAAAGAAAAAUGCAUUGUUAAAACGGGAUGCGAGGACUACGGAGGGAAAGAGGCAUGUCAAAAGAAAGGAGAAUUCUUUACUUGCAAUAAUGACAGACUAAAUGCCUCCAAAUACUCGUGCGACUGCCUCCCUGGCUACAAACUAGAGAAUGAAAAAUGCAUUGUUGAUGCAUCAUCUUCAACAGCGGGAAUCAGCGAAAACCCGACAAACAUAGUCACAACUAAGAGCCCUACUACACCUAUGAAAGUUUCAACAAAACAACCUUUGAAAUCCUCAACAGCAAGUCCUACUACUACCUUGAAAGUUUCAACCGAACAAAUUUUGAAAUCUUCAACAACAAGUCCUACUUCUACCUUGAAAGUUUCAACAGAACAACUUUUGAAAUCUUCAACAUCAAGUCCUACUUCUACCCUGAAAGUUUCAACAGAACAACUUUUGAAAUCUUCAACAUCAAGUCCUACUUCUACCUUGAAAGUUUCAACAGAACUACCCUUGAAAUCUUCAACAUCAAGAUCUACUUCUACUUUGAAAGUUUCAACAGAACAACCUUUGAGAUCGUCAACAAGUCCUACUUCUACCUUGAAAGUUUCAACAGAACAAUUUUUGAAAUCUUCAACAUCAAUUCCUACUUCUACUUUGAAAGUUUCAACAGAACAGCCUUUGAAAUCUUCAUCAUCAAGUCCUACUUCUACCUUGAAAGUUUCAACGGGACAGCCUUUGAAAUCUUCAACAGCAAUUGACUCAUGCAACUCAAAUCCUUGCAAAUACGGAGGCACUUGCGUGAAUAAUGGACAGGACUACAACUGUAUCUGCUCGUAUGGCUUUAUGGGAAAAGACUGCGAAAAUUGCAAAUUAGAAUGUGGAGGUGCUGCAUGCGGCUAUGAUUUAAUUUUAAAAGAAGGAUACUGCAAAUGCAAAGAAAACCAGCGCUUUGAUAUUGCAAAGAAAGCGUGCAUAAAUCUAGAUAAAUGUGAACAGAAAUUUCUGAAUGGAGAAUGUCGGAAGGUUCACGAAAUUUGUGUAAAAGGAACGUGCAAAUGCGAAGACAAUUUCUCAUAUAAUAAAGACAAAACAUGUAGAGCUGAUUUCUGCAAAAAUAAAAUCUGUAAAGAGAACGAGGUUUGCAAGGAGACACCUAACGGGGAUGCAAUAUGUGUAUGCAAAGAUGGUUUCCACUUGAAUGACAAAGGCUGUGAAAAAAUUGAUGAAUGUGCACUUAUGAACCCCAAAUGCACUCAAAAAUGUGAUCAAGGAAUCUGCUCAUGUGAAGAAGGAUUUGAUCUGAAAAACGACAACUACACAUGUAAAAUUAAUCAAAACACUUCAGAAUGUCAAAAUGGAAGUAAAUGUUUUCCUGGAAUGUGCCAAGUCAUAAAUGGAACAGAUAUGUGUGUUUGCCCGGAAACAACUCAUAUUCACAUUAACGGCACAUGCACAGAUAAAUGCAUAGCAAAGCAGAUACCAGAAGGAAUGUGCCCCCAAAAUAAAUGCAAAUCAGAUGAAAAAUAUGGAUUUGUAUGCAUAUGUGAUGGAAAAUACAAACAGACGGAAAACGGCAUUUACUGCAAAAGAAAAAAUAUGUGCAUUGAAGGAGGAGGAAACACUGAAUGCACCAAAAGAAAAGCAUUCUGCAAAGAAGAUGAGAAUGAAAAAAAAGGCUAUGUUUGUAAAUGUGAAGAAGGUUUCGAUUUUUACCAAAAUGCAUGCACACCUGUGUGUGACAUAAAAGAAAACAAAGAAAAAUGCUUACAAGUGUCUGGUGUGUGUGUUUUAGAUGUAAAUUAUAAACCUUCAUGUAGAUGUCCACCAUUGCUAGAAAAAGACAGUAAAGGUAUCUGCGUUGAAAAAGUGAAACACUCCUUUAUUGGAAGUAUUAAGAUUCCUAAAACAAUUUAUGGCAUCAACUUGAAUACUCUGAAAUUAAAAGAAAAUGAACAAAUUCCUAACUUUAAUCACUCCAAAAUAACUCAAGAUUUUAUUAAGUCGUUGGAAGGUGUGUAUGGUAAGAACUACAAAGAUGUUUCAAUUAUCUCGUGCAGAGAUCAAAAAGAAGAUUUUGCAUGUUCAAUCGAGCUGAAAUUUCAUAAAGAUCCUCAAGAAACGAAGACUCUAAAUACAAUAUCCACUCCUUCUGUCUGUGUUCCCCUAAAGCAGCCUGAAUAUUGCAUGAUCCAUCCUAAUUUUGUUAUGAAGCGACCGAACCAAGUGAUAUUCCAAAAAACAGAUCCUUGUGAUGAUAUUGUAAAGAAUGAACUGUGUGGUUCAAUGACAACGUGUGCAAAAACAGACGGCAAGAAUUUCAAAGCAGAUGGGGAGUUUUUUAAUUGCACUUGUAAGCCAGAUUUCUAUUCAAAAGACUAUUACCAGCCUAUUAAAAAUGAAAAUAGUUUCAUCCACAUUUGUGAAGAUCGAAAAGACUGCAGCAGACCAGACUCUUGUCCGAAAAACACCUCAUGUGUGAUUACACCAAGCAGUUACGAAUGCUACUGCGAGGAGGGUUACAGAAACACUUCUCAUAAUAUAAAGGAAAAUGGCUGUAUUGGUGUCUGUGAUAACAGCCCUUGUGGUGAACAUGGAACAUGUGAGCGAUUUGAAAAGCACGAAUACAUGUGCAAGUGUGAUCCAUCAUAUACAGGGGUACACUGUGAAACUCCAAAUGAAAGAAAAGAAAUUGAAGACAAUAAUCUCGCAGUUACUCUUAGUGUUUCCAUUAUCCUGAGUCUUCUUAUCGUGAUUUCUAUCAUUGGUAUUUUCAUACUGUACAAAAAAAAUAAAUAUGGUGGGAAGUAUGGAAGUAAACAUGCAAUAUUCAAACCACUUCAUUUUUUGUCAAAGAAGGUACGGCUAAUGUGCAAUCCUAAAUAUGAUGGUGAAGAUUAUAGCGUGGCUCAUCAAGGAAUCUCGGAAACUUUCGACCAUAGAAGCAAUGAUGACUCAGAGCGAAUGCAAAAUGCAGAUUGCAUUGAGCUGGAAAUACGAGAGAAAAUCAAACGUGGUGAUCAAGCGUUGGCAAAUGCUGCAACAAGUCGCAAAAAUGAAAAAUUGGGACAAGUAAACUCGAAAGCGAGUGAAAAAACAGAAGUGUUUCGUCUAAGACUCUGAUUUUGCUUCAAAACAAUAUCGAACUCUUUCACAAGUUUAUGUUACCUGUUAAUAUGAACAUUGUUUUCCUCAUUUUUAUAGAUUGAAGUAUAUUACAUAUAUCGUGCAUAUUCACCAUUGUUUAAAAAUGUUUCAACCCUGAUAUAAAAGUUUAAAAG